AUGUACCGCAGCGGCGCCCGCUCCUCGGUCUCUUCGCACCGGCCUAAAGAGAGCGGCGGGGGCGGCCCGCGCACCGGCCGCAGCUCCGGCUCCUCCUCAGGCCCGGCUCGUCGCACCUCGCCGCCGUCCUCCGGCUCCUCCUCGUCGCGGACGCCGGCUCGCCGGCCCCGCUCUCCCUCAGGGCACCGCGGCCGCCGGGCCUCGCCGUCCCCGCCGCGGGGUCGCCGCGGCUCCCCGUCCCCGCCCCGCGGCCGCCGGGCCUCGCCGUCCCCACCGCGGGGUCGUCGCGUCUCACCGUCCCCACCGCGGGCCCGUCGCGGUUCCCCGUCGUCGCCGCCGCCGCGGGGCCGACGACUCUUCCCGCCGGGCUCGGCUGGUUUCCGAGGCAGCAGCCGGGGGGACUCCCGCUCCGACUUCGCCCGGGACGGCCGCGGAGACCAUCCAGGCGACAGCGGCAGCCGGAGACGCUCUCCUGGUCUGCGUUCUGACUCUUUGGAACAGAGCUUAAGGAUCACUGUUGGCAAUGACCAUUUCUGCGUUGGCAUACCUGAACGACGGCGGCUUAGUGAUCGACUGGGGUCACCAGUGGAUAAUCUGGAGGAUGUGGACAGGGAUGACCUGACUGAUGAUUCUGUCUUCACUCGAAACUCCCAGUGCUCUCGAGGUCUUGAACGAUACAUUUCCCGGGAGGAGGCACCUCUCAGUCCCUUCUUGGGACAACUUGAUGAGGACUACCGAGCAAGAGAAGCUUUCCUACAUAGAUCUGAUUAUAGUGCCCAUAUCAGUUGUCAUGAUGAACUCUUGCGGGGAACAGAACGGAAUAGAGACAAACUCAAAGGCUCCUACUCUGUACGACCCGAGGAAAGGAGCCGGGAGGCCAAACGGCCCCGUUACGAUGACACAGAGAAGAUACACAGCAUGGGAGGUGAUCACCCAGGUUUUACAUCAGGGACUCGCAACUAUCGACAGCGGAGGCGGAGCCCAAGCCCUAGGUUUCUAGACCCUGAGUUUCGAGAGCUGGACCUUGCUAGGCGAAAACGAGAGGAAGAGGAGGAACGAAGUAGGAGCUUGACUCAGGAACUGGUGGGAGUUGAUGGUGGUAGCACUGGCUGUCCCAUCCCUGGAUUGUCAAGUGCUCUAACAGCAUCAGAGCCAGGGUAUUCUUUACACCGGCCUGAAGAAGUAUCUGUGAUGCCCAAGAAGUCAAUUUUGAAGAAGCGGAUUGAAGUGGACAUGGAACCUUCCAUGCAGCUUGAGAAUUUUUCCAGCAGUACAAGCUCUAGCCAGGAUCACCCUCUUUACCCUGCACACUCAUCUCUUCCACUAAGUGGUGCUAUUGCUGCUUUUGCCUCAGAGGUUGAAAACAAGGGAACUAUGGUAGAGACUACCCUGAAGGAAUCUCAGGGCAACCUCUACCAAUGGGGCCCCCUCCCUGGGAUACCAAAAGACAGCAGUCCCCUCAGAGAGAACUUUGGAAGUUUUUUGUGCCACAAGGAAAAAUUGGAUAUGAAGGCUGAGGGACCUGAGCGACACACAGACUUCUUGCUUCCUCAUGAGAGAGCUAGCCAGGAUGGCAGUGGUUUCUCCUGCAUUCUGAGCAUGUUAGCAGAUUCCACAAGUACACAGGAAAAAAGGCGACGUAGCUUCCCUGAUAUUGAGGAUGAGGAGAAAUUUCUCUAUGGGGAUGAAGAAGAGGAUUUAAAGGCAGACUCUCCACCAAAGGCCCUUGGGGGCUCUGAAAUUGAAGUUAUGAGGCAGAAGGCAAGCUCCCUACCCUCUUCAGCUCCAGCCGUAAAGCUAGAAUCAAUAGAAGAGACCAAUCCAGAAUAUGCCAAGAUUCAUGAUUUGCUCAAGACCAUAGGGCUGGAUAUUGGAGUAGCAGAGAUUAGUAAACUGGCUGCACGAACCCAGGAACGACUUCAUGGCAAGAAGCCGUCACGCUCCUCUGCUGACCGCCGUUCCUCAGUUGACCGGCACUUUUCAGCAGACCGCUGUUCUUCAGCUGACCGACGUUUCUCAGCUGAUCGGCGCUCUGCAGAUCCUCACAGACUAGAGAGUGGGGAGGCACACCAUUGCAAUACCCACUCCCCAGAGGUGUCCCAUCCACACCCUGUCUCCCCUGUGGAUCCUUACCUGCUUACAAAAAACAGCCCCCCAUUCCUAAAGUCAGACCAUCCAGUGGGUCAUAUUGCAGGACCUGAGAUGGUUGGCAGUGGGUUUCAGUCACCUGUUGCAGUCAGGUGCAUGUUGCCCUCAGCCCCGUCUACCCCAAUUAGACUUCCACACCCUGCUUCUUUAUCUCAGUUUCAUGUGCCAAGGGCCUCUCAGUUUGCUGCAGCUCGGAUACCUCCAAACUACCAGGGACCUGCCAUUCCCCCUGCUUCCUUUGAUGCCUAUAGGCACUAUAUGGCAUAUGCAGCCUCAAGGUGGCCCAUGUACCCCGCCUCCCAGCCUUCCAACCACCCUCUACCUGAACCACACAGGAUAAUGCCAGUUACCAAACAAGCUACCCGUAGCCGUCCCAAUCUCCGUGUGAUCCCCACUGUGACUCCAGAUGAGCCCAAGCAGGAGGAGUCAGUGCUAAGCUCAAUUUCUACUGCCCAAGUGCCUGUACAGGUGUCUAUCCCAUCACUCAUAAGAUAUAAUCCGGAGAAGAUAUCUGAUGAGAAGAACCGUGCUUCUCAGAAGCAGAAGGUUAUUGAAGAGAGAGAAAAGCUAAAGAGUGACCGGGAAGCUCGCCAAAAGAAGAUGUACUAUCUCAGGACAGAACUGGAGCGGCUUCAUAAACAACAAGGGGAAAUGCUGCGUAAGAAACGAAGAGAGAAGGAUGGGCACAAGGACCCACUCCUGGUGGAGGUGAGUCGGCUUCAGGAUAACAUUAUGAAGGACAUUGCAGAACUUCGACAAGAGGCAGAAGAAGCAGAAAAAAAGCAGUCUGAGCUGGACAAAGUGGCUCAGAUCUUGGGAAUUAACAUUUUGGAUAAAUCACAGAAGUCCUCAAGCGACAGUAGAGAGCCUACUGAGAAGAUGGGGAAAGCGGAAAAAUCUAAGAGCCCAGAAAAAAUGUCAUCGUCCUCAAACUCCUCUUCCAACAGCAAGGAAUCAAAAGUGAACAAUGAGAAUUCCUGUACUAAGAGCCCCAAGCCUGCUGAGAGCCCCCAGCCAGCUGCUAAACAAUCUGAUCAGCCGGUUGCUGCCUAUGAAUAUUAUGAUGCUGGCAAUCACUGGUGCAAAGACUGCAACACCAUCUGUGGGACCAUGUUUGACUUCUUCACCCAUAUGCACAAUAAGAAGCACACACAGGAGCCCCACUCUGAAGAGCCAAGAGAUACCAACAAAGGAGACAUCAUCCCCAGGGCGCUCAGUCCAGGGGACCUGCCUGUAACUAAACACCAUGACAAGUGUAAGUGAGGUUUCUACCUCUUUUGAUUCCUUGAGUACCUGAUUCUUUGUUUCAUUUUAUCCAUUGCUGGUACUUUCUCUAACAUUUGUUUACCUUUUCCACAGGUGAUUUCCAUUUAAACAGUUGGCAGAAUGGGUGGGGGUGGGUAGCUGGGGGCUUCUGGUCCUCCGUGGUGUGGGGGAGAAAAAGAAAAAAAGUAGGUCAUUCAGUUUUUAGUGCUGUUGUGUGAGCACCUCUGCCUCUUGCAAAUAGACACUGGAUCCCUACAACAGACCUUGGGCUUCAAAGACCCAGAGUGAGGCCAAGCAAGAUGCAGUAAAGCGCACUGACAAGAUAACUGUUCCUGCAAAAGGCUCUGAGUUUCUGAUUCCCAUCACUGGAUAUUAUUGCCAGCUCUGUGAGGAAUUUUUGGGGGAUCCAAUUUCUGGAGAGCAACAUGUGAAAGGUCAUCAACACAAUGAGAAAUACAAGAAAUAUGUGGUUGAAAAUCCAUUGUAUGAGGAGCGGCGGAAUCUGGACCGCCAAGCUGGCUUGGCUGUGGUCCUAGAGACAGAACGGCGACGGCAGAGUGAGCUAAAGCGCAAACUCAGUGAGAAACCAAAGGAAGAGAAGAAAGAAAAAAAGGCAAAGAUCAUGAAAGAAGUAAAGGAGGAUGACAGAGUGUCUGAGGAAUUAGAGGACCAACUCUCUGAGGGUGGGAACUCCCCUGAAAAGACUGAAAAUAAAAGGAAGUCUAGCAUUAAACUCCAAUUAAAAGAAGAAGUAAAGAAAGAACUACCAAUAUCUUCCUCUUUUGGGAAAUUCAGCUGGAAAAAGCCAGAAAAAGAGGAGGAAAAAAGUUCAGUGGCCCUAAGUAUUCCCAAAGAAGAGGUUGUGGAAAGUAGUAAGGACAAAGAGGAUGGCAAAGCCGAAGCCGGAAAGGCAAAGCCCAUCAAAAUCAAGCUCUCUGGAAAAACUGUUGUUGCACAUACUAGCCCUUGGAUGCCUGUAGUGACAACUUCAACUCAGACUAAGAUCCGACCCAACCUGCCCAUCCCAUCCACAGUCCUCCGCAAGUCAGGUUCGGCUACAGUGAGUAAGCCAGCACCUCUUAAUACCUUUCUGUCCAUCAAGUCCUCUGGGACCGCUGCUAAGCCUCUGCCAGUGGUUAAAGAGUCUUCAGCUGAUCUCCUGUUGCCUCCUGACAUCAUUUCUAAAGCAUUUGGAGGGGAAGAGGUGAUUCUGAAAGGAUCUCCAGAGGAAAAAAUGGUGCUGGCUGAAAAGAAUGAGCCAUCGCAUAUACCUGAACAAAUGCUACCACCUCCUCCACCACCACCUCCACCACCACCUCCACCACCCCCAGUUAUACCUCAUCCAGCUGCCCCAUCUCCUGCUCAAGCAAGUACUCUCUUGGCUCCAGUAAAAUCAAACCCAGCUGUAUCUCACACUGUCGGCCCUGGCUUUGUGGGUCCUAACAUUUUGAAUCCAGUGAUGCCGCAGGUAGCCAUCAUCGCCUCAGCACAGCCGGUUGCCAUUCCUUCUGAUGAAACAGCUCCCGGGGUGAGUGAGAGUGACCGGGACCAGACCCUGUUCUCUGUGUUAGUGCGUCCUCCACCUCCCCUCUCAAGUGUGUUCAGUGAACAAGCCAAAAAAUUGGAAAAGCGAAAUUCAUGCUUAGCCACAGCCAAUGCUAAGGAUCUAUAUGACAUAUUCUACAGUAGUGGUGGAAAGGGGGCCCCUGAGACUAAGCUGAGUGGUGGUCCAUUGGCCAAUGGGGAAAGCAAAGCUGAAAGUUCAGACACCUCUUCCACUUCUGCUUUGAACAGCAGCGCAUCCCAAGAGGAGUUGCCUCCAGAUAGAAAUUUGGUCUCUGCUCCUUUAGUCAGCAGCCCUGAAAAGUCCAUUUCAAAAACUCCAGUGUCCCUAGGGAAAUGGUCAGUUGUAGAAAAUGUAGACUCAAAAAGCAGAGGCAGCGGCUGUGGUUUCCUACAGCCUCUGACAAGGUUGUGCCAAAACAGGCCUUAUGAAACUGUUACCUCAAAGACAGAGACUUUGGCCAUGUGGACUUCUAGCUCUUUCCAAAGUGAUGCUGAGAGGGAUGUCUCUCCAGAGGGGAAAACGGAAUUUGACCUGGGAGAGCCAGGGCCACCAGGUGUAGAACUAGCCUCUGAGCUGUCAGAUACACACUGUCAUACCAUGGAAUCUCAGAAGUUGGUAGAAACCCAUCUUGCGAAAUCUAGUAACCAGGAUGAAGAAAGCCAGGAGUGCCACCAAUCUAAGGAUUGUGGAAAAAGUGAGGCAGAGACAAGCACUGAACUAAAAGAAAGGGGAACAAAGCUCUCUGAGAGAACAGUAGGAGAGGAGACAGGUAUCAACAUUGGGCCCAAUAGCAUAGAGGGUUCUAAUUUGAACCAUAAGAACAGAUAUAUGUGGGAGGGAGAAGUAGAACAGCCCAACUUGCAAAUGACUGACAAAAAGGCUAAGCAGUCCAAGAAGUUGAUAACAGGAAGUAAAACUCACAAUAAAGUAGUGACUGAAUCAAGUGCACAGGCUUUCUCUUCCACAAAGGCAAAAAUAGACUCAUUUCCGUCAGAAGCUAGGUCUUUACUCCAGAACCCACAAGAUACACCUGUGAAAAUUUCUGCCCCAGAAUUGCUUCUUCCUUCCCUAGCCAGAUCAGAUAUGUGUUUGACAGAUAGUGAACAGGAGCAAGAAGUAUCAACUGGUAGUGAGGAGUGGCUAGGAAGUUCAGUUCCAGAAUCAGCUUCUAGAACUUCUAGGUACAGAAGCCUCAAACUCAAGAGAGAAAGAUCAAAAGAUUUUCAGGGUAAAAUGAUCUAUGAACUGACUGUUUGGGAUGAGAAGAAUAAGAAGCCAGAGACCUGGAAGAGCCCAGAGAAACCAAAAACAGAAGCCCUGAAGCCUCGAGAUGUCCAUCCAGAACUGACAGUGACCAUAGAAAGCAAGGCCUUAGAAAACUUCGAAGUUACAGACUUAAAAGUAGAAGAGCUUGCUGCCCUGGGGAACCUGGGGGAUAUAGGUGUUGAUUUCUGCAAUACUCAGGUAGACCCAGCACACAGAUCCCCAGCUACCCUGUCUCAGAAAGGAUGUGAAGAAAAUUCUAUGUCACCUAUAGGAAGUAAUCCCUCCACUCUCACUGACUUUGAACCAGUACCAUCCUUUUCUGAAUUUCCGUUAGAUUCUCCCAAAACCCUGGUACUUAACUUCAGAGCAGAGGGUGAACAAAACUCAUCUAAUCCCAGAAGUGGGAGGAUCACUCCUAAUAUUUUGAAAACUGGACUUUCUGUAGAAAAUAUUGGCCUUGGCUUGGGAAGCCUAGAGGGAACACACCAAUCCCUUGACCUGUUAGCAGGAGGAAUGAUGUCUGAGGAAAUGGAAGAAACUUCUCAAUUAGAGAAACAAGAUUCACUCAGAUUGGAAUCAGAAACAAUUAAUCCUUUAGGCCUUGGGCAAUCUCCUUGCCUUCCAGACCUUGUUGACUUCGUCACUCGGACAUCUGGAGUUCAAAAAGAGAAGAUAUGUUCUCCUCUCUCUGAGCCGGGUGGCCUUCCUGAGUGUAGUUCCCUGGAGAUGGGACCACUACAGCUAGAAAUACCGAAUCCAUCCGUCACAGAGAUAGCACUUCCUCAAGUAGAUGAGUACAAUGACAACCCCUUGAAUAUGGUAAAAUCUAUGGCUUCAGGGUCCCAAACAAGGGAGCAGGUAGUUGGAGGCAGUAUGGUCCCUCAGGAAAUAGCUGCACAAGAAACUGCUGUUGAUGCCAUCCACGGCCACACAGAAUCCAGUGUUCAUGACUAAGGAUACACCUCCAGAGUUACUUGUGGAUGAAUCACAUUGGCUUCUAAAAAUCAGGUGCCCAGAUGACCCAGGACUGUCUCAUCUGGAACCUACACCAAGAGAUGCAGUCAGCGUCUUACAGUAAAUGUUCAUGGAAGCUAAAAAAUUUACCUCCUUUCCUUUUUUCCUUCUCCUUAAGAUACCAGACAAAUCAAUCGUAACUUCUAUACAUAUCUGUAAAAAAGUAUUUUCUGUUAAUUAUUAUUAUUUUUACCAAUUUAUUUUCUCCUACUUUGUCAUUAAAAUCAAAAUGUCUAUCUGGCUCACCACAUAGUGUGCUUUGAUUGUAUUUUGACUUUGACUCUGCCAUUUCUGGAAUGUGGGGGAGGAGGGAGACAGAGCUGACUUCUCCAAUUGCUGUGUUGUAUUCCCACCCAAUUUCUUGGGCAGCUGAUGGAUCUCUGGGAGAAACACAAGAAAGCCUGCUGAAAUGGAGAACUGCUGAUACAGGAAGGAUUGUUCAUCUCUUAGGCUUCCAUUUGGAUGGGCCUGCCUUAACAUUGUUUGAAAUGCAGCGUGAGUAGCUCUCUUGUUUACUGUUUACUUCCUUGUGGCAUGUCAACCCCCACACUUCCCUCAUUCUGUUGCCUUUGCUUGAGAUGGUCCUACAACCUGUUUGGAAUUGGCCUCAAUAAACAUGGAAGAAAAUCUAGCAGGCUCACUUUUGGAAGACGACAAAUCGGUAAGGCUUAUUCAUGGCUCAGUGCCAGAAGCAGAUACGCUUUUUGGGUCACUUUUAUUUUUGAAAUGGCCUUUGUUCAUUCUGUUGUGAUCCACUGACACUGUGUUAAAUUGUUUAGCAGUCAUUUCUGUUGUGAAGAGGUAGAAGAUCUGAAACUUGUUUUGAGAUUGGACUCAUUCUCUGUUCCACACUCAUAUGUAUUCCUUCCUCUACCUCUUCUUUUCCCAGGUUAUUUCCACCAUAGUGUGGUGUUUUGGGUUGUACAUUUUGUUCAAAAGAUUAAAGAAUUUAUGAGUUGGCUUGGACAAGUUUAACUUUAUUUUUAAUGUGUUGAUUACUUGGAAUAAAUGCGUUAAGCUCAUGUUUCUUUCUGGAUUUUUGUUUUGAAACCACACACAUUUGAACUCCACAGGAAAACUAGAGCAGUGAACUCCUGCUACUGUAUUGUCUGUCCCCCCAACCCCAACUUUCUUUUCCCAGUUAUUAGGGCUAAUUCCUUCAUGUCAGAUUGUUAGGCUAUAUGAUCUGUCCCCCAGUGCUGCCUGGAUGGGUAGUAAGUAGGUGACAGUGUCUGGUUUUGGCAUUUUUCUGCUGUGAAACUUUGUACAUACCAUUAUGUUGACUCUCCCCAGUGUUCCUCUGGGAACUGAGGUCCCCAAGAACAUUCCUGUUCUAAUUGAAGGUGCUUUUAAGGAAUAAGGAGCUUGGUUCUUAGAUUUUCUAAUAAAUGUCCCAGUUUCCUCUUGAUAUCCCUGUUGUCAGCAGUUUAUAACCUGGCUCAACAGAGGCUUCAGAGUCUUAUUCUCCCACUCACUCCUCAAAAAAAAAAAAAAAAUGCAAGUUGCUAAGAAUUCUUUUUUUCCCUGUUUCCUUGUUUGCAGAGUUGCAGAAUCCCUGUGUUGAUUUUGAGAAGGAUGUUUUUCUAAGACUUGACUAAUUUAGAAUUUGUCCUGGCCUCCCUUCUUCAUCUUGUGGAAAGGGCACAGCUUUGGAAUAGUUAGGUCCUUGGAUGUUCCUUGGCCAUUUGCCUUGAUAUGAUUUUGGACAAGUUACUUUGCCUUACUGUGUCAUAGGGAUUUUUUUUUUUUUCUUUUGAGAUGGAGGAUCAUUAUCUCCAUCUCAUACCAAAUGUGUACAGGGUUAGGCCAUCCUGAGCAAUCUUAGGUCUGCUUUUUAGGCUGAAGCCUGAGUUUAGAGCAUUUUUCUGGCCGAAAAACUGUAAGCAGACUCAGAAGGUGCCCUCUAGCAGAACGUAAACCCAAGCAAUCUUCAGAGAUAUAUUUCUUUCUCCAGAGAACUCCGCAUUCUAGGACCCUAUCUGCAGGAAUUCAGAGAACCAGAAGAGUUUAAGAUGCAAAUCGUUAUUGGUUUUCAGGCCUGUUCACUUAGUAAGUUCCAUCUCCCUUUGGGGGAUAGAUGGGUGGGUUUAGCAUGGAAAGGGGUUAAUCCUAUCCAGAUCCCACUCCUAACCUCACUCCAUCUCAGAAGGAGUCAGAAUCUUACUCAAGGGGGCCACUCAAGAAGGAUGGGGAAGGGAAGAGGCAAAAUCUAGGAAGAGAAGAACUAAUUCAAGAAGGCUGAGGCUGGAGUACUUUGAGCAACUCCCCUUGUACUAUUGAUAACCUCAGGUUUUAUACCAAAGACACCUACCAGUCUUAGGCUUUUUACUGGAACAAUGCCCACUUCUAAGACUCGAAGCAAUGGCAUUCUUCAUAUCUGCUUUGAACAAACAGGGAGAGCUUUUAGGAUUCUGUAGUUAGGUCAGAAAGUGUUGCUAGCUUCCUCUUUGACCAUUGGGAUCAGGUUUUGGAGCCCAUCCAGAGAAGCCAUGUGAAAGGAAGGGCAGAACUCUAAUGCAGUUGCUAGUGCCUAGAGAUAGGGGCUGUUUCUUUUUAUUCAGUACUAUGACAGUACUGAAUAAAUUUUCAUCUUAGGAGACAAAGGUACAUGCAAAGAGUGGACCCUAAUCUUUACAUGCAGUUUAUGGUAUAUAACUUUUAAAUUUCUGCAGACAUCAGAAACAGAUUUUAUUGGACUCCCUCAAUUGUGAGAACAGAUGAUCAGCAUUUAGGUUUAAAUUUGGGCAAACACAAAGUUUUACCUAAGUUGUAUAAAUAACCCCCUAAAAAUCCUCCUUGGCAUUAUGAAUGGAGGUCUCUUGCUUAUAAACAAUACUCUUUCUUCACAGCUUGCUUCAGGACACAAAAUACUCUUAACCUUUCUGCUAAGUAUAUCCAUUUUACCCUAUGCCACUCCAUCUUUCUAAAAAAGUCAAGAAGUUAGUUUAUGUUUUCGUAGCAAAGCAUGCCAGAAUAUAUGUCCAUUUAUCAGACUGCAAGAUUCAGGGCCUGAGAAAGAAAGGGGAGGUAGGGCUGGAGUGUUUGGACAUAGAAUACAGGCAUACAGUAGGGACAUUAAGUAUGUUAGAAAAAAAAGAUGGAGGUGGGCUAAGAGAAGGAAUGGCCUAUAAAGGAACUAAGUGAAAAAUACAUAUUUCCAAACUGGUUCUUUAUACCUACCAAGCCCUUGAUGAGAACCUAAGCAAGGUCUUCAUUCAUUAACAAUUCUCUGAGAACAUGGAGAGAUGAAAAUAGUUUGGGAUUACGAACACAUUUCUUCUUUCUUUAGAGUUUAAUUUUACAAUAAUGUUUAUAUAAUCUUUAACUAAAAAUUAUGUAUACAAUGAAACUUCUCCUAAAAAAAAGUUAACAAGAUUUGCCCUUCAUCUUUAUAUACUUUCAAAGAACCAUGUGCAUUUUUUCACUGUAGCACUUAACGUGGUAGUACUUUUAAAUUUGUUUGUUUCUUUGAUUAAUAUAUGUCUCCCUCCCACCCAUCCCUCACUAGAUUAUAAACUCACCAAAGCAGGAGGUCUGUCUUUGCUUACUGUUUUUUCAUCAUUGUACUCAUAGUGCACACUUGCCUGGCACAUUAAGAGGGCUCAAUAAAAAUUUGUUAAAAU